AUGGAAGCUAGUAUUCGUUCUCGAUCGAAUACACCCUGUUGUUCUGAAAAAAAUCAAGCGUAUCAAACAACAUAUAGACGAGAAUACGUCCUGAAAAGAUCAUCAUCAACUGAUGAAGGUGCAGCAUUUAGUCAACGAUUUUUAAUUGGUUGUCCAUUUGAUUUGAAGGAUCCUGUAGGUGAAUCAAUAUAUGCAAUUGAUUUCACUAAUCAAAAGAAUGUUCAACGAGAACCUUUUAUUCGUCCCAAUACGAAUAGAGCUAAUCGACCUCAUCCACAUAAGCAAUUCCCUUAUUGGCCUCGACGGUCUGAGAGUGUUUGUGACUUACCAUCUGACGAAACAAAGCAAGCACUCAGAAAUCAAUUGGACUCGACAUAUCGAGUAGACUACAUAGCGUCUCAAGGAUUUUGUCUACCAAUGGCUUAUAAUCGAUCGCAUCCUUUUUGGCGUAAACGAGCUCAAUACACUCUUGAUAGUGAAUACCGAAAUGCUUAUCAGACUCAUUCUAAAUCAGCAUUACAUACUGGUGGACGUUAUUCAUUUAGUUGUCGAGUGCCAGCUGAUGCAAUUGUUCCACAAACAUCACCUGUAUGGAAGGAGAGAUCAUUAAGAUCAAUAUAUGGACAUGAGAUUAGUCAAAAGACUCCAUCAGAACUCUAUAUGAAAGAAUUCGUAGAUUCUCUUGGUGGACCUAUGAGUUAA